GGAGUGGUGGGUAAGUAGUCUGGAUCCGGGCGCAGAACUACGUUUCCCAGCGGGCAUACAGCUGGUGGGGCGGCGUGUAUGUGUGUGUGGGGGGAGGGGGGUCUCUCUCCUUUGGCCUGGGGCUCCGGUGUCACCACCGCCACCGGCGCUGGUAAGCUUUUCAGGAUGUCCAGCAAAGAAUCCUGUGGGAAAAAAGAGACAUCUCAGAGGAAAGACACCACCACCUCAUCACCCGAUUUUGGUGAAAAAGACAAGAAAGAGAGAAAAACCUCAGCAAGUUCUACUAGUUCAUCUUCUAUAAGAUCAGUUUCAUCAGAAAAGAGAAAACUGAAAUCAGAUCAUACAGAUGUUCUGUACUAUAAUAUAAAAAGAAGACAAGAACUGAAAAGAUUGAGUGUAGAAAUUGACACUCUCAGAAGGAGACCAAAAAUCAGUUCUUCAUCCCAAAGACCUAUUAAACUCAAAGUAGCAUCAUAUUCAAAUGAUAAUCAAAUUAUUUCGCAGAGUCGUUCUUCAAAUGGAACUAAAAAAGACAUACGUAAAUUUGUAGACUUUAAACCUAAAGAUAUCAAAUUGACAAAUGCUGGAAGCAAGCUUGACCAUGGAAUUAAAGGCCUUAGUAGUCCUAAGAGUGCCAGUGAUGUGAAACCUAAAGCCGAAGGCCAGGCAAGUGAAAAUAAAUGGUCUCAUUUACUUGUUCAGGGAGAGAAGAUGAAAGAACCCAAGAAAGAAAGAAACAAAUUCGGAGACAAUUCUGAAAAAUGUGUCUUAGAGAAAUGGAAGAGAAAUCAAUUUUCUCAGGAUUAUAAUUCCAACAAGAUAAUGAAGGAACCCUUGGGAUCUAGAAGACAGAAGAUCAGUUUCAAAAUCCCUAUAAAAUCCUGUGACACCCUCCAGAAACUUGUAGAAGAAAAUGUCUUCAACAUAGAUUCUAACAAGUCAAAGACUAAGCAGGAAGAAAGAGAAUACCUGGAAAGCUCCCAGGUUUCAUUAAAUGUGACUAGGCAGAAAACUGAACAUUUACUUUCAGAUUUCACAUAUAAGCAGACUGUUCAUGAGUGGAAACGAAAACAUCAUUAUGACCAUCAAGAAAGUAAUGAUUCACAUUCUAGUGAAAACCUAACCCAGAGUUUUGAAGCACCAUGUUCUUCCGUGUCAUCUGAAAGCAUCCAGGAUGCAGAUCAAGAGAUGCAGAUAGUAGAAGAGCUUCAUGCUGCACGUGUGGGAAAAAGCGUGGAUUUACCUGGAGAGUUAAUGAGUAUGGAAAUUGACUUAGAAGAUGAUGUACAUUACUCCUCUGGUAUACCCUCAAAUAAUACUUCAGACAGAAAGCUUCUAAUUGUUAUUGACACAAAUAUUCUGAUGAAUCAUCUCAAAUUUGUUAGAAUUUUGAAGACAACAGAAGUACCAGGUUUUGACAAACUUGUGUUAAUAAUUCCCUGGGUUGUUAUACAAGAGCUAGAUCGUAUGAAGCAAGGAAAACUACUAAAACGUGCCCAGCACAAAGCUAUACCUGCAGUUCAUUUCAUCAGUGACAGUCUCAAAAAUCAAGAUAGAAAGCUAUGGGGUCAAUCAAUACAACUUGCAUCCCAAAAACAUUAUGGAUUGAGUGAUGAGAACAAUGAUGAUCGAGUACUAAAAUGCUGUCUCCAGCACCAGGAAUUAUUCCCUUGUUCUUUUGUUAUUCUGUGCACGGAUGAUAGAAACUUAAGAAACAAAGGCCUAAUAAGUGGUGUGAAGUCACUCAGUAAAGAAGAAUUGAGUGCAGAGUUAUUACACUUAUCUCUGAACACAGAUGUGUGUCAUCAGCCUUGUAUUCCUAAGCAACAGUUGAAAGCAGAAACAACACCCUUGAAAGAGAGCUAUAAGGAAGAAUCUACAAAUUCUGGACUGUCCAUUCUGCUUGAGAGCAUUGUAUCUGAUCUUGAAAAAUCUCUUGGAACAGGUUUAUCUUCAAUAUUAGAAACAGAAAUGAAAAUUGCUUUUGGAAACCUUUGGAUGGAGAUCCUGUACCUGAAACCACCAUGGACUCUACUACAUUUACUACAGUGCUUUAAAAAACAUUGGUUGGCUGUAUUUGGAUUAGUUAUGGAAAAGAACUUGCUUUUAACUAUUGAGAGCCUAUACAAAAAUCUCUGUAAAGCUAAUAAGGCAGUGGAUUUUACAACAGUCAAAUUCUUGCUUCAGGAUUCUAGAAUUUUGUUACAUGCUUUCAGUACAAGGUCAAAUUAUGAUGGUAUUCUUCCACAGACCUUUGCUCAAGUAAACAACCUCCUUCAGACAUUUGCAGAGGUCAAGACAAAACUUACGCCAAAUUCUUCAGAAAACACAGUGACUAAAACUCGGGAAGGUACUUCAUUGAAGUCUCAUAAUCAAGAAAUCACUGUUUUCUCGAGUUCUCAUCUUCCCCAACCCAGCAGGCAUCAAGAAAUCUGGUCUAUCCUAGAGAAUGUUUGGACUACAAUAUAUGAGAACAGCACGGAUGUAUUUCAAAGAUUGGGCUCAAAUUCAGCUCUGACUACUUCAAAUAUAGCAUCAUUUGAAGAAGCAUUUAUGUAUCUUCAAAAGUUAAUGGCAGCUGUGAGGGGUAUUCUUGAAGGAAUUCAAAGGAUUUUGGCCCCAAACAGUAAUUAUCAAGAUGUUGAGACCCUCUAUAACUUCCUAAUCAAGUAUGAGGUAAAUAAAAAUGUCAAAUUUACUGCCCAGGAACUUUAUGAUUGUGUUUCUCAGACUGCAUAUAGGGAAAAGUUAACCAUUGGAUGCCGCCAGCUGGUUGAGAUGGAAUAUACCAUGCAGCAGUGCAAUGCAUCUGUUUAUAUGGAGGCCAGAAACAGGGGAUGGUGUGCAGACAUGCUCAACUAUAGGAUAUAAAUCAGAUUCUUUAAAUUCUGGCUGUAAAGAAGGGGAAACUCAAAAUUCAAGAUGAUGCAUUAUGGAUAUGUUUUAUAGAAGAAAAUGACUUGGAAAUUCACUCAGUGCACCCAUCAAAAGACUGGUGAAUUAAGUUAUAUAUCAAGUAUUAUAAGUCUUUGAUUAGAAAAUAUAUUUCUAAAGGACAAAUCACCUUAAUCUCCAUUGCAUCAAAAGAGAUGACUGCUUCUGAAUUCUUAACUGUACAACUAUAGUUAUCAUUGGCCUUUUCUCUCAGAGUUUUAGAACAAAGUCUUGCCACUAUCUACU